AUGGGAGUGAAAACCGGUAUCAGCGCUUUCGCACGUGCUAAUGCGGUUUGCUGUCAGCUUGCUUCCGCGUUCUGCUACAUUCUCGCCUUGGGCCUCAUAAUUGGUGGAGCGAUACUAAUUAGCAAAAAUUCCGCUGUUUUGCACCGAUGGCCUGAGCUCUGCGGUGACGGCUUUAGUGAUUCGAACUUUGUUGUUGGCAUCGCUUUGGUCUUUUUCGGUUGCCUUUUCACAGCGAUCGCGUCUAUCAUGAUUUGCUGUGCCUGUGGUUUCUUAGCCUUCAGCGAUAGCUCCAAGUCGGUUGUAACCAUCACUCAACAACCCCAGCCGGUGAGCCAAAUGCCAAUGGGUUCCUACUCCAAUCAACCACAACCUCCUCAGUUCAUGACGCCUGAUUACGAUGCCAGCCAACCACAAAUUCCCUCAGGGCCGUCAAUGCAGCCUACGACGUACCCCAGUGCCCCGGUGUAUCCGCUACCAUCGGCAGCUCCCCCACCGUAUGACCAGGCUGCAAAAACACCCAAUUCUCCCUCAAUGUCAGCGGAAAAGUACUAG